GCAGUUCGCUGUGUGUCAGACGGGAGGCACACGAGCUCAGUGAGAAGGUGCUGCUGCUCUACACGCACGCGCAAGCAGUCAGGCACGCACGCACGCAUACUCACUCACUCACUCACCUACCCACCCACCUACCCAUACGCACACACAAGUGCGCUCGCUCACACGUGCAGAGCGAGCGGGACCUGAGCGGGACCCCCGGCGGAGUGGCUGGCGCGCCUAUACGCGGACGGACGGUCGGCGAGAGCCCGCUAAACUGGAUUCCCGGAGCUCGUCACCAUGGCCGGCGGCGUUUAGGUCCUCAAUGGAGCAGCCCAACCUGUACGAGGUUGCCCCCCGGCCACCGCUCACCACCCUCUCUGCGAGCCCGCACGGCGCCUACUGCUACAAGGACGACCUGAGCGAGAUCUGCGAGCACGAGAGCUCCAUCGACAUCAGCGCGUACAUCGACCCAGCAGCGCUAAACGACGACUUCCUCGCCGACCUCUUCCACAGCAGCGGCGGCGGCGCAGGGGGACUUGGCGCACGGCACGACGCCAAGCUCAAGCUGGCCGCGGGUGACUACAGUGGAGGCUACGGGGACGGCGCGCCGCACGGCUACGGCUACGCGGGCGGCUACGUGGACCCGGUGAAGCUGGAGACGGCGUACGAGGCGCGCAUGAGAUCCGCGCUCGCCAUCAAGCAAGAGCCGCGGGAGGACGACGAAGCCGGCCACGGGCCACCAAUGCCGCCGCUGCCGCCACCAGCCUACCAGCACGCGCACCAACAGGGGCACGGACACCACCAUCCUCCACACCUGCAGUACCAGAUCGCGCACUGCGCGCAGACAGCCGUGCACCUGCAGCCGCCGGGACACCCGACGCCACCGCCCACCCCGGUGCCCAGCCCGCACCACCAACACCAUCACCACCACCAGCAGCAGCACCACCACCACCAUCACCAGCAGCACGGCGGCUCCAUCAAACUGGUAGGAGGAGGAGGCAGUGGUGGUGGAGGGAGCGGAGAUCGCUCCAAGUCCAAGAAGCACGUGGACAAGAGCAGUGUCGAGUACCGGCUGCGGCGAGAGCGCAACAACGUGGCCGUGCGCAAAAGCCGCGACAAGGCGAAGCUGCGCAACGCCGAGACGCAGCAGAAGGUCGUCGAACUGGCAUCGGACAACGAGCGCCUGCGCAAGCGGGUCGAGCACCUCACGCGCGAGCUCGAGACUUUGCGCGGCAUCUUCAGGCAGCUGCCCGACGGCUCGUUUGCCAAGGCGGUGGGCGGCUGCGCCUGAACUGACGGGGACGGUUUCUCUCGGUUCUCCCCUCUCGGUUCUCAGCUCCGCUACUCACAGCGUCCGCCGGAUGGACUUCAAAGACGCGCGACACGAUACUGAAAAAAGUGUUUUCCACACGAGCCAGGCAGCUGCGGUCUACAUGUGCCUUUUGUACAAAAAAAAUAUUAUUAAUAAUAAUAUUAAUAUUAAUAAUAAUAAUAAUAAGCUCAUGUCUGCACAUAUUUGAACUUGUGGACUUCAUGGCUGUAUUGAAGUUGUCUUUUCUGCCAACAUAUCAUCAUCAUAGUCAUCAUCAGUGCAGCUCACGUAGGGCAUGAUUUCACUUCAAGCAACCGUCCUUCAUGGUUCUGAAAGGUACCAACUUUUUCUACCAUCACCCACAACCUUCACCCACCACCUUCAUCCCCCCUCCAAGACUGUCUUUUUAUGUUUUAUUUUCUGCAAAGAUAAAUCUGCUCUGCGUGCACGAGCCUAUUUGGUGUUAUUUCUUAGAGACAAAUACACAAAAUGCACGUGCACAAAAAAAAAAAAAAAAAAAAAAACUUUGUUUUGUUGUUCUAAACAUCUGCAGACAUCGAAACUUGUUGAAAACUUGCAAGGCAAAGACAUAGAAAUAAAGGUGCGCAGAUCAGAUAAUCAGAUGAACCAUAGUUCAGUACUGUAGUCUGGGAUGUAUUUUGACUGUAAUGAUGUGGUCUAUGGGGGGCCGGUGGUAUUGGGGCGGUUGGGGGGUUAUGUAUCUGUAUGUAUGCGUUUUUGUAUGUGUACGUAAAGCGGACUGAACAUGAUGCCAAUGCCAUGCCAAAGCAAAAGGACUGGAAGCCCAAACUCUCUAAACUGUGGUCUAAACUGCUGCCUUCAGAGCAGCGGAUUUAUUAUAUGCACUAUGUGUGGUCAGACUGAUGGACCUGACGGAGCGCACGAUUUUUUCGGGGUACUGAUGUGUACAAGCUUUGUAUUUAUGCAGUAACGAUGCUGGGUGGAAGGGUGUGUGUGAGUCUGUGUGUAUGUGUGUGUGUGAGAGAGAAAGAAAGAAUAAAAGAGUGUGAAAGGAAAGAAGGGGUCACCCUGCGCUUUCUCAUCCCACCCCACCCCCGUGAAGUGCUGUUUGUAGCUCAGUUCAUGUUCUUGUUGUUUUUUUUAUUGUUUUUUUUUUUUUUUGAUGAACUGAAUUUCAGUGCCUUUCGACUUUUCCUGUCUCUAUGUCACCACUGGCAGAACUUGUUUCUCUCUCUUUCUCUAUGUCCCUCUCUCUCUCUCUCUCUCUCUCUCUCUCUCUCUCUCUCUCUCUCUCUCUCUCUCUCUCUCUCUGUUUCUAUCUCUAUCUUUUGGACUCUGUAAAUCUUUGAAAUACAGGCUAGAGCAAAGGAAAAGGAAGCACUUUUUUACAAACCGCCUAUUGCAAAUGUUAUAUGAAUGUUUUAAAAAUACUUUUUUUUUCAAUUGUAAAAUGAACAUUAUAUAUGCCAAAAAUUUACAAAUUAUAAUAAAAAGAGUAUUGUGUUACA